AUGACGACAACAAACAUUUCCCCAUCUUCAAUUGUUGUUGAAGUCCUAAGAGGCGAUAACUAUGAUGACUGGAGUGCCUGCAUGAAAAGCUACAUGUUAGCUCAAGACCUUUGGGAUUUUAUUGAGCCUAGUACUGGUCAUCAUGAAGGUGAUCAAGAAGUUGACUCUAAGCCUAUUGAUCAUCAAGAAGGUGACUCCAAGGCAUUGAGAAAAAAGAAUGCUGCAGCUUUACAUGCAAUUCAAAUUUCUUGUGCGCCAAACAUACUUUCCAAGAUUAGGAGCAUCACUUCAGCCAAAGUUGCCUGGGAUACUCUAGCCAAUUUGCAACAACAAAAUUCACCAAGCCACAAAGAGCAAUCUGUUGAAGCAGAGCCAUCAGAAGAUGAUGAGUCACUAGGUUCAGAGCAAUCUGUUGAAGCAGAGCCAGCAGAAGAUGAUGAGUCACAAGGUUCAGGAUCCGUGAGCUAUGGAAUCAAUGGUCCCUUGCUAACCCUGUACAAGUACGCUCAUAUAGGAGAUUGGGAUGCCACAAAAAACUAUCUUAGCCAAUACCCAAAUGCAAAAAAGGCCAGGAUUAAACCCUAUGGUAGAACUGCCCUUCAUGUAGCAGCUUGUGCUGGAAAUCUGACAAUUGUGGAGGAGUUGGUGAAGAUGAUGUCGGAAGAAGAAUUGGAAAUACAAGAUGAUGAAGGCAGCACAGCUCUUUUUAGUGCUGCUACUGUUGGAAUCACAAAGAUGGCAGAAUGUUUGGUGAGCAAGAACAAAAACUUGGUUACCUUUGUAAAUGCACAAAAAAGGAUCCCACUUGAUGGGGCAUGUACAGGUAAUAAUAAGGAUAUGGCUCUUUAUCUAUACUCUGUUACUCCAUUUGAAUUUCUUUGUCAAGGCAAUGGCCACCAUGGAUCUUAUUUCCUACAAUGUGCUCUUGGUGCUCAAAUGCUCGAUAUUGUUCUUGAUUUUCUGCAUCGCUGCCCACGUUUUGCUACUACAAUGAAUGAAGUUCUGAGGACGAAUGCUUUGAUUUAUUUGUCUAAGAUGCCUCAAACAUUCCCAAGUGCAAGUCGACUUGCAUUUUGGCAGCGAUGGAUCUAUUCAUGUAUUCCCAUGCAAUCAAUUGCUACAACUGAUGACAAUGUUCGUAUUAAUAUGCCUGAUCAAAGCCUAAGUGAGUCGAAGAACAUUAUCCUCCAAGUGUCAAGCAAAUUGCGUGGGUUUGCAAUAAAUCUCCUCGCAUUCUUAGGAAUCAAACAAAUAUACGAUUUGAAGAAGAUCCACAUUUAUUCAGAUAAAAUUCUACGGUGUAUGUGUGAGUAUAUAUCAACUCUGGAUUAUGAGGAAUACAUCAAGGCAGAUGUACAUAGAGCAUUCCACAAAGCUGCAAGGAAUGGCAUGGUUGAGUUUAUUACUGAGGUGGUAAAAGCUUGUCCUCAUGUAAUGACGAGUGCAGAUGGCAACGCAAGGAACCUAUUUAUGUCCUCGAUUGCAAACCGGCAAGAAAAAGUGUUCAGCCUUUUCUAUGGACUGGAAUCAAACAGAGCACGAUUUGUUUGCCUCAUGGAUAUCUCUAGAAAUACAAUGCUACAUUUGGCAGCAAAACUAUCACCUCCUUCUCAACUAGCUCGGAUCUCUGGUGCAGCUCUCCAGAUGCAGAGAGAACUACAAUGGUACAAGGAAGUGGAAAGCAUUGUGAAUCCUACAGACAAGGAUUUUCUUAAUCAGAACGACCAGACACCCAGGGAAAUAUUUACGUAUGACCAUAAGGACUUGGUAGUGAAAGGAGAGCAAUGGAUGAAAGAAGCAGCAACUUCUUGUACAGUUGUGGGUGCUCUCAUCAUUACAAUUAUGUUUACUGUCGCAUUUACUGUUCCCGGCGGGAACGUUCAAGAGACCGGCUAUCCGGUUUUUAAAGACGAGAAAUCUUUUACAGUUUUUAUAGUAGCGGAUGCAAUCUCUCUGUUUUCUUCAUCAACAUCAGUGUUGAUGUUCUUAGGAAUUCUUAUGUCCCGAUACGCAGAGGAAGAUUUCCUUAAAUCCUUGCCGACUAAGUUAAUUAUCGGCCUUUCCAUGCUUUUCUUCUCUAUUGCAGCCAUGAUGGUAACCUUCUGUGCUGCUCUUAUAAUUAUGUUGGAUGGGAGAUUGCAAGUUAUAAUUCCAAUUGUACUCCUUGCUACUAUCCCUGUAACUUUGUUCAUGUUGCUGCAAUUUCCCCUGCUAGUGGAGAUUGGUGUAUCCACAUAUGGACCAGGAAUCUUCAACAGAAAAAUGAAACGCUGGUCAAAAUCUUCAACUGAUAGACUGUUAGAGGUUAACAGUUUAUUGUCCCAAACUGUUUAGCAAUUCCUAUUUCCCCGGGAUGAGUUGUUUUCUGUUCCUCUUAGUCUGUUACCACGUUUAGAGUAUGUAUAGCAUCUCUUUGUAAAAGGCUAUAUUUCCAAGCCUGCUGUUUGUGAUGAAUAAACAAGAGACUUCUCAUUCAAGACUCUGUGUGAUGUAGUUUCUUCUGAGUGUUUUUCUACAAAUGGAAGGUUAACCAAUUCCUUCGUUCUCUCUGA